UUCUUCUUGUGUCUUUAUUUUCUCGCUUUUCUAACGAUGGGCUGGUACUGUUUUUAUAAUAAGGGGGAAAAUAAUGAAACGGUGAUUGAAACGUUACAGGAGUUCCUUUGGGCUGGUGUCCUAUCCCCUCCAUUCAGCGACAAGGCACCGGGACCCCCCCCCCCCAGGCCGACUGUGUUUUCCCACACACCCCUCUUGAGCAACCGGGUCUCCUAGGACCCUGCCGGCCACUCCCAGAAAUUUGGGGAAGGCUGGGUGGCCACCCCUCGUGGCUAGGAAGGGCCCUGGGCCAGCCGGGGCUGAGGCACAGCAAGCUGCCCUAACUCCGGUCCCUGCUGCCUCCCGGGGAACCCCCACCUUCAGACGAGGAGUGGGGGCUCCCUGGGACGCCUCCCCCCAGCUGAUGCGAGGCUGGGCAGGGCUGGCCCGGGGACAGGUUGCCGGGCAAGCAGCUGGGGCUCCUCCCAGGGUAGCUGCGGGAGGCCACGUUGCCCGGCGACCAGGCGGCAGCGUCCUUUGAGCCGAGACGGCGCAGCUGCGCCCAGCCCUGCCGGCUUUCCCCAGGGACCCCCGGGGCCCUGUCCCUAUUCCCUUAGCCCAGAACAGCUGGUGCCUCUGGUCACAAUGAGCGUCGUUCUCUCCAGGGACAGCCAGGUGAGGGUGAUGGAGGACACGGUGACCAACGCCGAGAAGCACUUGGGCCAGUUCUGCUCGAUGCUGGCUGCCUACGCCCGCAAGACGGCCCAGGUGCGGGACAAGGCCGACCGGCUGGUCAAACAGCUCACCGACUUCGCCAACACCGAGCACCCCGAGACGCGGGCCACCUUGAGGAGCUUCGCCGAGGACCUGGCCAAAGUCCAGGAUUACCGGCAGGCCGAGGUCGAGAGGCUGGAGACCAAGGUCAUCAGCCCCCUGAAACUCUACGGGGCCCACAUCAAGCAGACGCGGGCCGAGAUCAAGAAGCUAAAGCAAGUCCAGAAGAACGAGAUCAAGCAACUGGCAAAGCUGGGGAAACUGAGGCAGAAGUCACCAUCGGAUCGGCUAACCAUUUCCCAGGCAGAGACCAGCGUGCAGAGGGCCUCGGCGGAUGCCAGCCACACCACCCACCAGCUGGGGGAGAUGAUUGAAGCCUUCCAGAAGCGGAAGCUGACGGAUCUUCAGAAAAUUUUUUCAGACUUUGUCACUAUUGAGAUGGUCUUACAUGCCAAAGCGGUGGAGGUAUAUUCCAGCGCCUUCCAGACCCUGGAGAACUACGACCCGGAGAGAGACCUUGAGGAUUUUCGAGCCAAGAUGCACGGGCUCUCCGGACAUCGCGAUGCUCGGCCACUCACGGACACCGUCUUCUCCCCGGCUGUCCCGUGGUCUCUCACUGGCCAGAGCGCUCAGACCGCCCUACGGGGCGAGAGAAGAGAAGACGAGGAGACCACGGAAGCCUCUGCCGAGGAAGACCUCAGAGGACGGGGGCGGGCGCUCCAUCAAUAGCACCAGAACUCCCCAGUCGGGAAAACGGGGG